CCAGGUCAGCUUUGGCACCUUCCUCCAGUCAGUGACCAACUCCAGGCCUGGAGGGCUCUGCUUGGCCCCUCUGUUUCCUUCCCCUCCCUCCCGCCACGAGAGCGAGCCGCGCGGCUGGCAGGCUGAGGCGGAGCAAAGAAGGGAGGAUUAAAGAGAAGAAAGACCUGGCUGGGUCUGGGUGGUGUCUGCGGUGCCAGAAAGGGAGGUGGCGGCGGCGACGGCAGCAGCAGCGACCACGGCCUCGCGGGACGUGAGGCCCGAGAGCAGCCGGCGGCGGCGGCGGCGGCGGCCGCUCGAGCGCCUCGCGCCGGAGCCGUUAGUCAGCAGAACGCGAGCCCGUGUGGAGGAGCAGGGCCGGCGCCAGGCGAGACCCGGGAGCGCGAGCCGGCCCCCUCGGGCGCCGCGGUCCUUGCUCGUCCCGGCGCUGGGGGCUGCAGCCCUCGGCCCCGCUCCUCGGCCGGGCCCGCCCGCAGCUCGGGAGAGUCCGGCGGCGGCGGCGGCGGCGGCAGCGCGGGUCGCGCCGUGUGGAGGACAGCGCGUCGGCGGAGCUUCUCUCCCGGCGCUUUCCGCCUGACGCCUCGGCCGCGGCCCCUCCGGUGCAGGGGAGAGUGGUGAGGAGGAUUUUACCAACAGAGAAGGAACGGUAUAGAAUAUAUGCAGAGGCAUAGAAGCAAGAAAGAAUGUCUCUCUUAUUGAGGAAUAGUAUGUUCGGUAGAAUGAAUGAAGAGGAAAGUGCUCAGAGGCAUUUAAACCUUUCUUCUUCAAAAUAAUUAUUGUACUUCUUGUUAAUGCCUCCCGAAGAAAAUGCACAAAAGAAGAUGAAUAAUCUUUCAUUUAGUGAGCUAUGUUGCCUCUUCUGCUGUCCACCUUGUCCAGGGAAAAUUGCUUCAAAAUUAGCUUUUUUGCCACCUGAUCCAACUUACACGCUGAUGUGUGAUGAAAGUGGAAGCCGCUGGACUUUACACCUAUCAGAACGAGCAGACUGGCAGUACUCUUCUAGAGAAAAAGAUGCUAUUGAGUGUUUCAUGACUAGAACCAGUAAAGGCAACAGAAUUGCCUGCAUGUUUGUGCGUUGCUCACCCAAUGCCAAAUACACCUUACUCUUCUCACAUGGAAAUGCUGUUGAUCUUGGUCAGAUGAGCAGCUUUUACAUAGGACUGGGAUCACGGAUUAAUUGUAAUAUAUUCUCAUAUGAUUAUUCUGGGUAUGGUGCAAGUUCUGGGAAACCAACGGAGAAGAACCUCUACGCAGACAUAGAAGCUGCUUGGCUUGCUCUUAGGACAAGAUAUGGCAUUCGCCCUGAAAAUGUGAUUAUAUAUGGCCAAAGUAUAGGGACAGUACCAUCUGUGGAUCUUGCUGCUCGGUAUGAGAGUGCUGCUGUUAUCCUUCAUUCUCCUUUGACCUCGGGAAUGCGAGUUGCUUUUCCUGAUACCAAGAAGACCUACUGUUUUGAUGCAUUCCCAAACAUUGACAAAAUCUCUAAGAUAACCUCUCCAGUAUUAAUAAUUCAUGGGACUGAAGAUGAAGUCAUUGACUUUUCACAUGGCCUCGCAUUGUUUGAGCGUUGCCAAAGACCUGUGGAGCCUCUGUGGGUUGAAGGGGCAGGUCACAAUGAUGUGGAACUUUAUGGACAGUACCUUGAAAGGUUGAAACAGUUUGUGUCACAGGAACUGGUAAAUUUGUAAAAUAUUGUGUAAAUUUGCAUACUGGGUUUUCUUUUCUUGCUGAACUGCACUCUUUGGUAAAUAACAUAAAACCUGAAAGUUUUGUUUGCAAAUCAUGUCAGUUGCCUUCAUAAAUGUACAGGUAAUGAUUUGUUAACAGACUUAAUGAAGGUUUUAAUUACCAGAACUAGAAACUGGAAAUAACAGUAUCAUGCAGUCAGGCUGUGUAAUUUAUAUUUUUUUUGUGAAUUUUUUUUUAAACAUCAAAAUGAGUACUGUAUGAAAUUUUAAUUCUAUGAAAUCAAAUGCUGUAAAAGUAUUGCCAAAUGCUUUUGCAUAUCAGAAACAAAUUUAUAAAUAUUUUUAAAACAUCUCAGUGUACUAAAUCUUAUCCUGGUAUACAAAUGUAAUAUUCUUUCAAUAAAAAGCUGUAUAUCUAAAACAAUUCAAGUACUCAUAAUAGAAUAAAUUGUAAGAAAACACUCAAGUUCAAAGAGAUGACCUAAACCCUGUUGUACAGGGAUAGAGGUUUAAAUAGUUAUUUUAUUGUAAAAUACAUUGAAUUUUCUGUAUUCCCUGGUUAUCAUACAUUUUCUCCUUUAAAAAAAUUGUCUUUAAUUUCUUUGCCAUCUGUUAAUUUACCAACUAGUUACCUUGUAAAUGAGAAGUCAUGAUAGCACUGAAUUUUAACGAGUUUUGAUUUAUAAGUUUGGUACUGUGAGGCAACUACUUAAAAUUUUCAUUUUAGUUAUUUAAAAGGCGUUUAGAGCUUCGAGAAUGAUUUUGUAUGCAAUGUUGUUUUAAAUUUUGACUAAUCUCAUAGAAUUGAAGUACUCUUCAUUAUAAGAAAAUCUGAAAGUUGUUUAGAUGUUCUUCAAGACCACAAACAGACUGGCUAUUUUGUCCCUUUUCACUUUGGCUAUUUUUAAGAACAGGACCCAUAGUUUUGGAUUACUAUCUGAGAAUUUCAUGGAUUCACUCCUGGAUGGAGGAGAUGAGAAAACAUUUAAUUCAUAACUUUUAUAUUAACCAAUGUAGUAAAAAAUAAAGUUCACGCAAAAACUAAGUUGCCUUUACUUGAAUGAAUCCUGCCUGAAUAAAACAAUGAAAGAAAAAUAAAAAUAAAAUUAACGGUAUGUAGUCUAAUUUGUAAAUGAAUGAAUAUUGAAAUAAUACACACUGUGGAUAUAUUUUAAGGCCUUAUGUAGUUUUAAUUGUUCUGCUUGUUCUGUGGUUAUGUCUACGACUAUAGUAUAUGAUUCUCUUCAAAGUAUAUCAAGUAUUGUGAAUGCUUUGGUUCAGAUGUGUCAAAUUAACAGUAAAACAACAAAUAUACCACUCAGCUGUG